AUGACCAGGCCAACGCUGGCCAUUCCAGGCUCAACGAUUGAUGGUUCUCCUUCCAAGGGAAAAUCAGCACUUCCUGCCUCCUCACCACGAACUCCCACACCUGUCAGCAUCGAUCGCCGUGGAAGGAAGCCCAGGUUCACUCCAGCUCACUUUCGAUCAGUGGCAACAGAGUUGCUGGCUAGAGAUCAAACCAGUCCCCCAUCAUGCCGACCCACGGAAACUACUUGCUCUACUAUACCGGAGAUGGCUAGGGAACCAACUAGCAGUUUGCCAGCUAAUAGAAUUGCACGAAAACGGAAAAAGACAGACAGCGGUUCAGUCCAUGCAGGUACAGGGGUUGAAAAAACAGCACACCAGCAUAAACAUGGAUGCUUUGCAACAACUUCUUCUGCAAUAUUGCAUGAUCAGACCGUUUGUGUUGCUGGCCCGUCCUUAACGAUUCCUCAGGACUUCAACGGUGGCGGACAUGAUCAUACAGAUAUUAUAGGUCUUAUUCCGGGUGAUUUCAAUGCUGAGGAUGGCGACAAAGACAUCAUUAUAAACCACCGCGAAGAAGGCCUGAAGCGAAUUGAGAGUCUCAAUCCUAAAUUUCAUGCUCUGCAGUUCCCCAUUCUUUUCCCGUAUGGGGAAGAUGGCUUUCAUCUGGGAAUUAAGUGCAAUCCCGUUCACAACUCUCCCAAUGCUAAGAGGCAAAAUGGUGAUACAACUGGCGAGGGCAUUGGUACAAUUCUUCCAGCAACAUAUACUGGUGGUCCGCGAUACAUGAAGCACCAGUAUCUUGAUGCCAUGGCAAUCUGCAGACGCAUUGGAAACCCUGAUCUCUUUAUAACUUUCACCUGCAAUGCACAAUGGCCAGAAAUCACCAAGGCUUUCCAAGAAGUUAUCGGCCUCAAACCUGAGGACAAACCAGAUGUUGUUGUCCGCGUCUUCAAGAUGAAAGUUGCAGCUUUGAAGGAACAAAUUCACCGGUAUCAGUUUUUUGGCAAAUCAGUUGCAGGUACGACCGACGUCUAUUUUUUACGCAUGUUGCUUACCAAAGUGCCUGGCCCCACUAGCUUCGAAGACCUUAUGACAGUUGAUGGUCACCUUUGCAAAGAUUAUAAGGAAGCGUGUAUGCUUCGUGGCUAUCUUAUCGAUGAUGGCGAACCAGAAGCAACAAUGGUUGAGGUCGGGCAAUGGGGAAUGCCGGCCUUGCUGCGUUCUCUAUUUGUCAUGAUUCUGGUGCAUUCCGAGGUUGCUGAUCCUAGAAAGCUCUUUGAGACAAAUUGGCGCCUCUUUGCAGACGAUUUCUCAUACCAAACCAGACGUGGGUUAGAUAUGCAGUACUUUCAAGCGCCAGAUGAGUAUCUUCGCAAUGAGGUCAUCAAGCAUAUUGAAGCUCUAUUGCAUACCCACUGCAGGACUCUAGCUGAUUUUGGACUACCACAACCGGCUGAUUUGGGCCAUAAUCUGGUUGGGAAUCGCUUGAUCUGCGAGCAGCUCAAUUAUGAUGUGUGCAUGCAGCAGCGCACAGCAGAACAAAUUUACUCCACAUUGAAUCGGGGACAAAAAACUGCGUAUCACAACAUCAUGGCCUCUGUUGACGAAGAGGCCGGCAGGUCAGUUUCCUUUCUCAAGAACCGUGCUGUCAUAACACCAACAAAUGAGACUGUGUCCAGAAUCAAUGCCUCUGUUCUUUCAUGCAUUCCAGAGGAAACAAAAACAUACUACAGCACAGAUAGUUUGUGUACAGAAUCGACAGAUGAUUCAGACCUUGAAAAUCUCUACCCUGUUGAGUUCCUCAACUCUCUGGCUUUCAAUGGAAUGCCGGAACAUGAGCUGUCUUUGAAACUUUACACACCAAUAAUGCUGCUCCGAAAUAUCGAUCCACCUGCUGGUAUGUGUAACGGAACCCGACUCAUGGUAGUACAUCUUGGUGCUAAUGUUAUCAAGGGAAUUAUACUCACUGGUACGUACGAGGGCACAGUCGUGGCCAUACCUAGAAUUGCUCUGAACUUUAGUGAACACAAAUGGCCAUUCACAAUGAAGCGCAGGCAGUUUCCCGUGCGACUUUGUUAUGCCAUGACAAUUAACAAGAGUCAGGGUCAGACUCUGGAUCGGGCAGGAGUUUUCCUACCCAAACCUGUUUUUAGUCAUGGUCAACUGUAUGUUGCUGUUUCCAGAGUUCGAUCUGCAGCAGGCCUUAGAUUUCUUAUACACAAUGAUGCAAGCCCAGCCUACAACUGCACGAAAAACGUCGUCUACACAGAACUGUACUCUGAACUGGUCUUCCAUGUUUACACCGUGUUCGUACUAGAUUUUUUCUGCAUAAGGUUGCCCGAACAAGCAUGGAUAGUCCUGUUCUCUGAGCAAGUGAAUGCAACUAUUGUUGCUCUUCUGCAGCCGGUUCACUACACAACAGAGCGGAAAGUGCAUCUGGUUUUCGACAUGACAACCAUUCCUGCUUUCUUUGUUGUUGCUGGUCUUCUGUAUGCCGUGUUGAAGCCAGGACGGGCCAAGCCUAAGAUUAACUAA